AUUAGUUGUGGAUAACGGCUCCUAAUGAGUUUAAGCACAUCCAGAACCAGAGGUGGGCUUUAUUUCCCUUAAAGCGUCACGUAACAUGCAUUCAAAACUAUGAUAAUUAUAUAUACAAACACAAGUACAUAUAAAAGGAACAUAGUUUCCGAAGAGAAAAAAAAGUUUCUUGGUCGUCAUGGACUCUUCCUUGCUCCAACGCCAUAUCUUUCUUCAUAUCCUUACCAGUUCCACUUCAAGCUUACAUCGAUCAUUUGCGGCUCCACAUAACUUGGCAUUCGGACAUUAUAGGCAGAAAUGGCUGAAUCCCAGCUGUUGGGCAAUAGGGGUAGCUCGAAAUAAAGCAGGCAACUUGUUUGAUGAUCAGACUGAUAACGGGUCUUUGCUUGGCGCCUUGGACGAAUCGUCUUCCGUGCCGUUUGGGACCCUGAAAGCUGAAAUCACCCCUGAAACUAUUGAUUUCUUUGUAAGUGAUGCUGAAGGUGAUCCUGAUUGCCCAUCUGAAGGUUACUCAUCGAUUGACCAGGCACUUGAUACACUGCGUCAAGGAAAGUUUGUGAUUGUGGUAGAUGAUGAAACUGGGGACGUUGAAGGCAACAUUAUAUUGGCAGCAUCACUUACAAGUCAAGAGCAUGUGGCCUUCAUGAUUAAACAUGGCUCAGGGAUUGUUUCAGUGGGCAUGAAGGAGGAAGAUCUUGAAAGACUGAAGCUUCCUCUCAUGUCACCAGAAACUGAAGAUGAAGACUCUUCGGCCCCCACUUUCACAAUCACAGUGGAUGCUAAAGCCGGCACGUCUACUGGAGUUUCUGCAUCAGACAGAGCAAAGACUGUGCUUACUCUUUCAUCUCCUGAUUCUAAACCCGAAGAUUUUCGAAGGCCAGGCCACGUCUUUCCUCUGAAAUACCGAAACGGUGGUGUUCUGAGGAGGGCAGGUCACACUGAGGCUUCUGUUGAUCUGGUUGCUCUAGCUGGCCUACGUCCCAUGUCUGUUCUUUCAUCUUUAGUUGACUCAGAACAUGGCUCUAUGGCCUCUCUGGCCGAUUUAAGAAAGUUAGCCUUGGAAUAUAGCAUUCCAAUGGUCUCCAUUACUGAUUUAAUCAGGUACAAGAGAAAAAGAGAAAAUCUGGUUGAAAGAACUGCAAUUUCGCGUCUGCCUACAAAGUGGGGUGUAUUCCAGGCAUAUUGCUAUCGCUCAAAGCUAGAUGGAACUGAACACGUUGCUAUUGUUAAGGGAAACAUAGGAAAUGGAGAAGAAGUCCUAGUAAGAGUUCAUUCAGAGUGCUUAACAGGGGACAUAUUCGGAUCGGCACGGUGUGACUGUGGCAACCAGUUGGAUUUAGCAAUGCAGCUAAUUGAACAAGCUGGUAGAGGAGUAGUGGUUUACCUAAGAGGCCAUGAAGGAAGAGGGAUCGGACUCGGUCACAAACUCCGGGCCUAUAAUCUGCAAGAUGAAGGUCAUGACACGGUGCAGGCCAAUAUAGAGCUCGGUUUAGCAGUUGAUGCAAGGGAAUAUGGUAUUGGUGCUCAGAUUCUGAGGGACAUAGGAGUUAGGACAAUGCGGCUAAUGACCAACAACCCAGCAAAAUUCACAGGUCUCAAGGGGUAUGGGUUGGCUGUGGUUGGAAGAGUGCCUGUAUUGACACCGAUUACAGAAGAGAACAAGAAGUACUUGGAAACAAAGCGAACUAAGAUGGGUCAUAUUUAUGGUUCUGAUAUACAAGGGCCUCUAGCUGCAUUUUUCAAAAAGGACCAAAAAACGGAUACCCAAAGUUAAUUUUGAAGACAUUCACACCCCCAUUACAGUUAGAUAAAAGGGAAUUCCUUGUGUAUUACAUAUAGCUAUCUUAUAUGUUGAUAGCUAUCUGUUUCGUAAUUUUCACCAUGUUAGCAUUUCUCAAAAGCUAUUAAUACUGCUCAAUUUUGUUAUUAUCGAAUAUAUGGGGAAAUUAUAAUGGUUUAUUAUUA